GACAAAGACAGUCGGUCUGGUGUGAUUGAGCCAAAAAAAAAAAAAGCCCAAAAAAAAAAGAGAGGGAGCGGGCGAGGAGGAGGGAGCGGCAGGAGGAGCGCCGGGCGGGGAGGGGGCUGUGUCCUCGGGGGGCGUGGGGGGGCUGAGGGAUUUCCUCCCCCCUAUUGUUCUCGUCCCUCCGCGCCCCCCGUUAAUCUCCCCUCAAUCUGGGGCGGGGGCGGGCGGGGGGGCCCCCCCAGUCCCNACCGCCGGGAGUCGCGCCGAGCCGGAGAGCGGGAUAAUGGUGAAUAACACUGAAGACCCUCAAGAGGCUUUGUAACGUCCCAUCCUCAUGUAAAGUAUGCUCAGAACUUUUCCAGUAGUCCUGCUGGAAACCAUGUCUCACUACACAGACGAGCCAAGAUUCACCAUAGAGCAGAUCGACCUCCUGCAGCGCCUGAGACGCACGGGAAUGACCAGGCAUGAGAUCCUGCACGCCCUGGAAACCUUGGACCGUCUGGACCAAGAGCACAGCGACAAAUUCGGGAGAAGGUCUGGCUACGGAGGCGGCUCCUACGGCAACAGCACCAACAACGUGCCGGCGUCUUCCUCGACGGCCACGGCUUCCACGCAGACGCAGCACUCUGGGAUGUCCCCGUCCCCGAGCAACAGUUACGACACCUCCCCACAGCCUUGCACUACGAAUCAGAACGGGAGGGAGAGUAACGAGAGGUUGUCCGCCUUCAACGGGAAGAUGUCGCCCACCCGCUACCCCCUGGCCAACAGCCUGGCCCAGAGGUCCUACAGCUUCGAGGCUUCCGAGGAGGACUUGGACAUCGACGACAAGGUGGAGGAGCUGAUGAGGAGGGACAGCAGUGUGAUCAAGGAGGAAAUCAAAGCCUUCCUCGCCAACCGGAGGAUUUCCCAAGCAGUUGUUGCACAGGUAACAGGUAUCAGUCAGAGCCGGAUCUCCCAUUGGCUGUUGCAGCAGGGGUCAGACCUGAGUGAACAGAAGAAAAGGGCAUUUUACAGAUGGUACCAGCUUGAGAAGACAAAUCCUGGGGCUACACUAAGCAUGAGACCCGCUCCCAUCCCAAUAGAAGAGCCAGAAUGGAGACAGACGCCUCCCCCAGUCACAGCUACCUCUGGGACCUUCAGACUACGGCGAGGCAGUCGCUUCACGUGGAGAAAGGAGUGCCUGGCUGUUAUGGAGAGUUACUUCAAUGAGAAUCAAUAUCCCGACGAGGCAAAGAGAGAAGAAAUUGCCAACGCCUGUAAUGCAGUUAUACAAAAACCAGGAAAAAAAUUGUCGGAUUUGGAGCGAGUCACCUCCCUCAAAGUGUACAACUGGUUUGCCAACAGGAGGAAGGAGAUCAAGAGAAGAGCCAAUAUCGAAGCAGCAAUCCUGGAGAGCCAUGGAAUAGAUGUACAGAGUCCUGGAGGUCACUCCAACAGCGACGACGUGGACGGCAACGACUACUCAGAGCAGGACACUUGGCAAGUACGCAACGGGGAGGAGGAGGGACGAUGUUCUGAAGGAGGCAGAGAAGCAGAGAAGGUAGAAGAAGACAGGAGGAUCUGCUCCAAACAAGAUGACAGCACUAGCCAUAGUGACCACCAAGACCCCAUUUCCUUAGCCGUGGAGAUGGCAGCAGUCAACCACACCAUCCUGGCGCUGGCCCGGCAAGGAGCCAACGAGAUCAAGACAGAGGCUCUGGACGACGACUGAUGCCAAGAGAGGGGAGGGUCAAAGCAAGAAGUAACUUAGUUUUAGACGUAGCACCUUAGCAGACUUUCCUCGGUCCUUAAUAUGUGUUCUUACAGUAUAACUUUGCAGUUUCUUGUACGUCAGUUAGCUGUUAGGGUCUUGUUCUGUGAAGAUGGCAUGGUGCCCUCAGCCUUUGCAUAUACUCUCUCAGUAUUAAUUCCCAAUAAAUAAUCAAUCAACCAACCAACCUCCCUCUCCCGGCCCCCAGUGGCUAGAAAGGUAAAAUCAAAAAAAAAAAAAAAAAAAAAGGAAAAAAAAA